GACAACCACAGACGAAUGCAACACAAGGACGGGAUUCGGCGAGACCUGACAAAGUUGACGUGGAACUUCGCACCCGAAACAAACUGAUGAAUCUGAUCGACUUCACCCUUAUCUGCGCGUUUCUCCACGUGGGUUAUCAAAACCCACUGAGGUCCUGGACGCUGCAACCCAACAUUCUGGUGGUGGAGGUCAAUGGUGCAUCGGGCCAGCAAGCCCUCAAGUGUCUUCACUCAGCAGCCCGGGUAACAAACGGCGGUGACAAGGAUAUUUUGUGGAAGAAGAACGGUAAAGACGAGCCACAGAGGGGUAAUACAUACCUGGUCAAGCUGGAGGAGAGUUUAGGAGGAGGCAACUACAGCUGCCACAGCGCCAACGGCUCUCUUCUCAAUCACACUGUCGUCCUUAUUCAAGAGAACAACAUCGCGACAACGAAGAUUCUGGUGAAAACCGACCUGGGUAAGUAUUUGAAGAUCUCAGCUCAGAAUUUUGAGGGAGCCUUCCGAUGCUCUUGGACCUGGGCCAGGACUCGUGUUGGAAAAGUGGCAUUUAUCAGAGCUGGACGUGGUAGAGAUGUUGCAUGCUCUGCGGACAUCAGUGGUCAGCACUGGACGUGCUCGUCCAAUCAGAGCCAAUUCAGCUGCUCGGUGGAUGACACCGGAGACGGGAUCUCCUGCGUGGACAAGCUGCACUGCGCAUUUGCAGAGGAGAAACAACGGAUCUUAGUCACAGUCUACGUGAAGACGAAGCAGUUCCUGGUGGAGAGCUACAGCCAAAACUUCUACCUGUCUGAAAUCGUGAAACCUGACAAAGUGAAGAUCAGAAGAAUCAACACUUCGAUGAUCGAACUGACUUACCCGGGCUCCUGGAGCACUCCCCACUCUUACUUCCCCCUCACUUUCCAGGUUUCACAGAGAAGACAUGGGUGUAAAACCUGUGACGAAUCCUGCGAUGACCCAAAUAACACAAAGACUGUGAUGGUGGACUCGUCAAGCUCUUGUCAGUUUGAGGUGGAGAACACGUGGACUGUGUGCGUCCGGGCCAAGGAUGCGUUCUGCAACUCGCAAUGGAGCGAAUGGAGUCAUCUUAGUAUAGAUUAAGGACGAGGAAGAAAGGGAAGCAAGGAUAGCCAACCAACUGAGAGUGG